AUGGGGGGAGGAAAUUAUUCAGUGGUGCAUGAGAUUGUGUUGGUGGGACUUACCAGUUCUUUGGAGAUGCAACUUGUCCUCUUUCUAGUUUUCUCCGUGUUCUAUGUAGCAGGUAUUUUAGGAAACUUCCUCAUUGUGCUCACAGUGAUCUCUGACUCCCAUUUGCACUCCCCCAUGUAUUUCCUGCUGGCCAAUCUCUCCUUUAUUGACAUGUGGGUUUCCUCCAUUACAGUUCCCAAGAUGAUUUAUGAUCUUUUCAAGGAGAGAAAAGUAAUCUCUUUCCAAGGCUGCAUUACGCAGAUGUUCUUCGUUCAUGUUAUUGGAGGAACUGAGAUGGUUUUGCUCGUUGUCAUGGCCCUUGACCGAUAUGUUGCUAUAUGUAGGCCUCUCCACUACCUGACCAUCAUGAACUUCAGAACUUGCACUUUCCUUUUGGUGGCUGCCUGGACCAUUGGAAUCACCCACUCAUUGAUCCAACUUGUAUUUGUUGUAAAUCUACCAUUCUGUGGCCCCAAUGAAGUGGAUAGCUUUUACUGUGAUCUUCCUCGAUUCAUUAGGCUUGCCUGUACGGUCAUUUACAGAUUGGAGCUCAUAGUCACUGCCAACAGUGGUUUCAUCUCUCUGGGGACUUUUUUCAUCUUGAUUAUCUCCUAUAUCUUCAUCUUGGUCACCGUUUGGCAACAUUCUUCAGGUGGCUUGUCCAAAGCCCUCUCUACACUGUCAGCGCACAUGACAGUGGUGGUUUUAUAUUUUGGUCCGUGCAUCUUUGUGUAUUCAUGGCCAUUUCUCACAGUGCCUGUGGAUAAAUUCCUUGCCAUUUUUGAUGUAAUAAUUACUCCAUUUCUGAACCCUGCCAUCUAUACUUUUAGGAAUAAAGACAUGAAGGUGGCGAUGAGGAGAAUAUUCAGUCAGAUGUUGAACAUCUGGAAGCUGUUUUAA